GCGCACACAUUAUGAAGAAGCUGAUGAAACUCAGUGCCGAGUUGGUCGGCUGACGGGUGUCGUCCUGUCAGUCUGCGAGAUAUCUCAUCUCCUGUUACACUCUGGGACUUGAACAAUACUGUUUUGUGAAGAACGAAAGUAAUCGGAACCAUCUGUAUUGUCGAUUAUGGAGUAUCUUCAAAUUCUACUGGGCCUGGCUGCGGUCCUAAUAGGACUUCUCUAUUAUUACUCGUCAACCUUCAACUUUUGGAAGAAUCGGGGCAUAAGCGGACCGAAACCGAUCGCCUUCGUCGGCAAUACUCUGAAUCUUGCUCUAAGAAAAAUCUCGUUUUCCGAUCAGAUCAACGAGUGGUACAAACAGUACAAAAACGAAACUGUUUUCGGUGUAUUUGAAGGAAAUAGCCCUGUUUUGAUCAUCAACGAUUUGGAUUUGAUAAAAGAUGUUCUUAUCAGAGAUUUCUCAUUGUUUGCUGACAGAGGAUUCAAGAUUUUCCCAGAGAUAGAAGUACUGGGAGAGCAUCUGUUCUUGUUGGAACCAAAACGAUGGCGACUAAUGCGCAACCGCCUCUCCCCGAUUUUCACUUCCGGUAAAUUGCGAGAGAUGUUCCCACUUCUGGAGGAAUGCGCACAGAACUUGGAGAAAUACUUGGACUAUGUCGCGGAGAGCGGGAAGGAUGUGGAGGUGCGCGACCUGACCGCGAAAUACACCACGGACGUGAUCGGCUCCUGCGCUUUUGGAAUUACCAUGAACGCUUUGAACGAUGAUAACAGCGAGUUCCGGCAAAUGGGAAGGAAGAUGUUCAAGCCUACAUUUAGAUUCUAUAUUAGGGACACCCUCAAACGAAUGUGGCCCAGCCUUUAUGAGAUAUUCGGUCCCUAUCUGCAGAACAAAGAAGUGGACUCGUUUUUCGUUAAUUUAAUCAGUGAGACGAUGAAGUAUAGGAAGGAACAUAAUGUCUCGAGGCCAGAUUUCGUUAACAUGUUAAUGGAAGUUAAAGAGCACCCAGAGAAAAUGGAUAAUAUCGAAAUUACAGACGCGUUGCUCGCAGCGCAAGCAUUUGUGUUUUUCGUUGCUGGGUUUGAAACUUCGUCUACGACGAUGUCUCAUGCUCUAUACGAAUUAGCUCAAAAUCAGGAUAUGCAAAACAAACUGAGAGAAGAAAUCACGGAGAACUUUGCGAAGAACAAUGGAAUUUCGUCUUACGACCAAUUGAAAGAACUGAAGUACCUCGACAAGGUGUUCAAAGAGACACUGAGAAAAUACCCAGUAUUGGGUGUAUUAAACAGAAAAGCGAUGGAGAAUUACACAUUCAAGGGAACCAAAAUCACUAUACCUGAAAACCAAAUGGUUAUGAUACCGGUUAUGGGAAUCCAUAGGGAUCCGGCUAUCUAUCCAGACCCAGAUAAAUUCGACCCUGAACGAUUCAACGAGGAUGCUGUUGCCGCGAGACAUCCAAUGAGCUACUUACCAUUCGGCGAUGGACCAAGAAAUUGUAUCGGUGCACGUUUCGCGCAAUUUCAAAGCAAACUCGGUCUCGCAAUGAUUCUCCGCAAGCACAAAGUGGAAGUUUGUGAAAAUACCACGAUACCGUAUAAAAGUGAGCCGAAAAGCUUUUUGCUGCAACUGAAGGGCGGAGUACACUUGCGUAUCGCGAAAGUUACAGCUGCAAUGACGAUUUAUUUCGAGAUUCUGUGCGGCAUCGCUGCUGUACUCUUCGUCGUCUACUACUACUUGACUGCCACUUUCGAUUUUUGGAAAAAUCGUGGCGUGGUCGGGCCAAAACCGGUGCCAAUCUUUGGUACCGCCAGAAAUAUCAUGUUUGCUAAGAUACCUAUGGCCGAGUAUACGAGAUCUAUUUACAACCAGUAUAGGGACGAACCUAUGGUCGGGACGUUCAUGGGAAGAACACCACAUCUGAUCAUAAAAGAUUUGGAACUGAUUAAGGAUGUGCUGAUCAAGGAUUUUCCCAAAUUCGCUGACAGAGCUAUUGUCAAUGUUUAUGACAAGACGGAGCCGCUAUCCGCACAUAUAUUCAACCUGGAAUCGACGCGGUGGCGGCCGCUACGUGCGAAGCUCUCACCGGUGUUCACGUCAGGGAAGCUCCGUGAGAUGUUCUAUUUAAUAAUCGAGUGUUCGCACACUUUUGAGAAGUAUUUAGACAAGCAAAUCGAGAAAAACGAACCGAUCGAGUGCAGAGAGCUGACAGCGAAGUUCACGACCGACGUGAUCGGUUCGUGCGCCUUUGGGAUCGACAUGAACUCACUGUCAGACGAGGAGGGCGAGUUCCGCAAAAUGGGCAGGGAAAUACUUGCCGUUAAUUUCGAGAACAUUGUACGAUUGAAGUUGAAGCAAUUCAUGCCAGGACUGUACAAUUUAUUGGGCUACGUGAUACCCGAUAAGAAGUUUGCUCCGUUUUUCACUAAAGUCGUCACAGACUCUAUCAAAUACAGGAAAGAGCACAACGUAAUGAGGCCGGAUUUUAUACAUUUGCUAAUGCAACUCCAGGCACAUCCGGAUAAAUUAGAUAACAUCGAAUUGACGGAUUCGUUGCUGACAGCGCAGGUGUUCGUAUUCUUUGUCGCCGGUUUUGAAACCUCCUCGUCGACGAUGAGUAACGCUCUUUACGAAUUGGCUAAAAAUCAGGAUAUACAAAAUAAAUUGAGAGAAGAAAUUCGCGCGAAUUGGGGCAACACUGAUGGAGAUAUGAAGUAUGAAAACGUUAAGGAAAUGAAGUAUCUAGAUAAAGUAUUUAAAGAGACGUUAAGAAAGUAUCCACCAGGAGUACACUUGCUAAGAAAAGCUGUUUCUGACUACACCUUUAAUGGGACCAAAGUGACGAUACCGAAAGGGACCCAAGUAUGGAUUCCUGUGUACGCGAUACACACAGACCCUAAUUUCUUCCCAAAUCCGGAAAAGUUCGAUCCUGAAAGAUUCAACGAGGACGCCGUUGCCUCCAGGCAUCCCAUGACCUACCUCCCGUUCGGCGAUGGACCCAGAAAUUGCAUUGGUGCGCGUUUCGCGAUCUAUCAGACGAAGAUCGGCCUUAUUACGAUAUUACGUAAUCACAGGGUUGAAGUUUGCGAGAAGACGAUAACUAAAUAUGAAAUCAAUCCAGGAUCAUUGAUACCAGUACCCAUAGGAGGAAUAUAUUUGAAGAUAACGAAGAUAGGAAGCUAAACAUAUUCGUCAUACGCUUCUUGGCCUCGCGUAGAAAGAUUGGCAGACAAGGUUACAAUUCUGUCAAUUCUUGCAAUAGUAUCAGUAUUCAUAAUCACAAGGUUGAAGUUUGCGAGAAGACGAUAACGAAAUAUGAAGUCGAUUCGUCAUUGAUGCCAAUACCGAUAGGAGGAGUAUACUUGAAGAGGAUGAAGAUAAGAAGCUAAGGAGAAUCGUCAUGCGUUAUCCUAAUACUAAUAAUGUCAUAGAUUACUUGUACAUAUGUAAUAACCUUUGUAAUACAAUAGUAAUAAUAAAUCAAUGUUUUACCAGUUUGAUGGUUAA